CAGCAAACAGAAACAUACACAACCAUAACAGAUGCCUGCAGUCCACAAAGAGGAGGGGUCCCUUUCACUCUUUUCUGCCUCAACUGUGAGUGGACAGAAAAGUGGGCGGGCUGCUGUGUGAGUGUGAUCAGAGGGCAAAGUUUUCCCUCGUGCAUGAACAGACGCUUUGAGCACCAGCCGCAGAGAAAACGCGUUCCUGUUGGGAGACAGAGGCAGAACAAUCCUAAGACCGUUUCCCUCAGACUCAGAGGACAUGGCCGAGAAGAAGAAGAAAGCCGUUUUGUUUAACUUCUGGGGAGUUGCUGUCCCUUCCAGACCUCGUGCAGUUUUCCAUAAACUGGAGGAGUUACACAACCUGCCAGGCGGUUUUCUGUCCAGUGUGGCGUCCCAGAAGGACAGUGCCAUGAGCCGGGCGGAGAGGGGCGAGAUGACGCUUUCUCAGAUGAUCCCAGCGUUUGAGGCAGAGUGUGUGAAGGAGGCCAAGGUGCAGGGUGUGACUCUGCUGACUGAUUGGUCGGUCAGAGCCCUGCUGGAGGAGCUCAGAGAGGUGAUGACAGAUGUCCAACAAGCCGUGCUGAAGACGGCGGCCAGUCUGCAUCACAGUGGUUUACUGACAGCCGUGCUGGCCAAUCAAUGGCUAGAUGACAGUGCUGCUGGAGACGAUCACGCCCGCCUUCUCUCUCUGCUGGGCGGCCACUUUGACCUGGUCCUCCAGUCGUGUCGUUUGGGUCACAGGGUCCCCGAGCCCGCCAUGUUCAGCUCUGCUCUGCAGCACCUGGGAGUGACAUCCCAACAGGCGCUGUGGUUGGAUGCAGAUGAGGAAGGCGUGAAGGCAGCAGAGGGAGUGGGGAUGGAGGCCAUCUUGGUGGAAAAUCUGUACGACGCUCUGAACCAACUGGCUGACUUUACUGGAGUUCAGGCUGUUGGAGCAGAGAGUCCUCCGCCGCCCUGCAGCCCCGCUGAAGUGUCCCAUGGAUACGUCACCAUUAAGCCUGGUGUGAGGACUCAUUUUGUUGAGAUGGGCUCAGGUCCCCCAGUGCUGCUGUGUCACGGCUUCCCUGAGAGCUGGUACUCCUGGAGAUACCAGAUCCCGGCCAUUGCAGCGGCUGGCUUCAGGGUGUUGGCUCUGGACAUGAAGGGGUACGGAGAGUCCACAGCGCCACCAGACGUAGAGGAAUAUUCUCAGGAGCAGCUUUGCAAGGAUUUAAUCACAUUUAUGGACAAAAUGUCGCUGCCACAGGUCACCCUGGUGGGCCAUGACUGGGGCUGCGUCCUGGUGUGGACCAUGGCCCAGUAUUACCCUGAGAGAGUGAGGGCUGUAGUGUCUCUGAACACUCCUCUGUUCCCCGUGGAUCCUGCUGUAACUCCUGCAGAGAAACUCCAGGCUGUUCCCAUAUUUGACUACCAGCUCUACUUCCAAAAACCUGGCGUAGCAGAGGCCGAGCUGGAGAAAGACUUGGAGAGAACGUUCAAGAUUUUCUUUUUCAGCGGUGCUGAUGUGGGGAAGCGUCCUCAUAUCAGCACUGCAGGCGUCUGUGCUCGAGGUGGUCUGUUUGUGGGUCUGCCGGAGCAGAUUCCCCGGAGCUGCAUGCUGACGGAGGCCGACCUGCAGUACUACGUCAGCCAGUACAGAGAGCGAGGCUUCAGGAGACCGUUGAACUGGUAUCGAAACGGAGAGGCCAGCUGGAGGUGGAUGUGUUCUCGUCCUACUGGAAAGCUGCUGAUGCCUGCUCUGAUGGUGACGGCAGGUAAAGACCAGGUUCUGCUGCCGGCCUUCUCCAAGGGGAUGGAGGACUUGAUCCCGAACCUGAGCAGAGGACACAUUGAGGAGUGUGGACACUGGACUCAGAUGGACAAGCCAGCGGAGACAAACAGCAUCCUGAUAUCAUGGCUCAGAGAAACCCUGAAGAAGGCUGGAGGUGGUACUCUGGCACCCAAACUGUGAAAGAGGGAAGAUAAAGUCAGAAAAUCACUUCUAUUAGUCGACAGAGAGAACUUAUGCUCAAGGUUCCUGUUUCUGAAAUUCGCUUUUCUCUGUUUUUUAAAUAUUCUAAAAAUAAUAUUUAGCUGUUUUCAGAUAAAUAACGCACUCGAUUUCAACUUUAGCUUUGGGAAAUUAUAAGGUAUAAUUUUCACUAUUUUCUAACAUUGUUUAGACUAAACAAUCAGUAAAUCAGUUAUCUAAUGGCAGGGUAAUUGAUAAUGAAAAUAAGAGUUUUCAGUUAAAGAAGAAUGAAGAUGAAACUUUAAAGAUACAUGUAACAGUUUCUCUUUCAAAUGUCAAAAAAGUACUUAUGUGAUAUAUAUUUAGUUGAGUUGUGUACUUACAUUAUCCCAAAUGAUUUCAACAAUCUUCAAACCCAGAGAAAUCUGUCCUUUUAUUCAAGGUGAACGCUCCGUUACAUUUUGGUCGCCUGCUGAUGACAUCAACAGUUUUGGGCUGGCAUCUUUCACUAUUUCACCAUUCAAGGGUGCACAAGUUGAUAAAUGUUCCGCUACUUCCAAUCAAGGGGGUAAGCUCCUCCAACGCGUAGCUCCUAUGGCGCCAUUUUGAUACUAACAAGCACUCACCUCCC